AGCGAGGGGGGGGCGGAGCCAAGCCCCCGGCCGGCCUUGUGUCGCUCGGAGCCGCCGCCAUGCUGGUGCUCUCGUUCCCCGGUGGCCGCUUCCCUCUCCGGCCGGCGGCCUUCUUCCCCUCCCUGCUCACACUCCUUCUCCUCGUCUCGCUGCCGGGCCCAGGCCGGCCGAUCUCUUUCCACCUGCCGGGCAAGGCCCGCAAAUGCCUGCGGGAGGAGAUUCACCGCGACAUGCUGGUGACGGGCGAGUACGAGGUGGCCCCUCCGCCGGAAAUACUUUGUGACUUGAAUAUUACUGACUCAGCUGGGCACAUUCUGUAUUCCAAGGAGGAUGCUACCAAGGGCAAAUUCGCUUUUACUACAGAAGAUUAUGAUACGUUUGAAGCUUGCUUUGAAAGCAAACUCCCUGUGGGAACAGGGCGGAUGCCAGACCAGCUCGUGACCUUGAACAUGAAGCAUGGAGUAGAAGCAAAGAACUAUGAGGAGAUUGCUAAAGUGGAAAAGUUGAAGCCUCUGGAGCUGGAGCUGCGAAGGCUAGAAGAUCUUUCAGAGUCCAUUGUGAAUGAUUUUGCCUAUAUGAAGAAGCGGGAGGAGGAGAUGCGGGAUACCAACGAAUCUACCAACACUCGGGUACUAUAUUUCAGCAUUUUCUCCAUGUUUUGCCUUAUUGGACUAGCUACUUGGCAGGUCUUCUAUCUGCGUCAUUUUUUCAAGGCCAAGAAGCUGAUUGAAUAACAGAAGGACAGUUUCCCUUUUUGAAAUUCCAGCAGAACAAAACAGAGACCCAACAGUGGUCAUUUAGAGCCACCUCAGAGCUGACCAACUAAAUGGAGCUUUUUCUGUAAUCUACCCCCAUGGGGAGGGAGGGAAGUCCUGGGAACGGAAAACCAUGAGGAGGUUCUUACUGGAUAGAGUGGGAAGAAAUAAAAUUAUCUCAAGACAUUUUUGGUUGGCUUUUGCACUGUCUUUAUCUCUCCUUAAGAGCUUAUGUUGGGUGAUUUCUUAAAAUUGAUCCUUUAAGCCUCUUCAUUGCAUAAACUUGUUAAACUUGAAGUAGUCCAUCUGUUACCACAUAAGGUUUUGUGUGAAAAUGGCCCAGAUAUGCUUGAAGUCACUAUUAUCAUAAGCAGGUCUUUUUGCAGAAUGGUUAAUAGAAGUGGAGUGGAAAUUCUCUGUGGUAGUUUUCUAUCAAAAUACUUACUGUUCGUUAAUAAAGGGUGAAUGGGGGAAAUAAAUAAGCCACUCUGCUUAGAUAACAGAAUACAGUAACAGGAUGUACUUCAGGCUCUUUGUCUUCUCUUGUCCAAUUCAUUCUUUGAUGUCAUUUCUUUUCUAAAUUGUUCUGAAAUGGUACAGUUGUUGAGAAAAUCUUGGAUUCUAUAAAAGGCUGUUUGUUUAAAUCUAAGAAGUGCUUGUCAAAUGUAUACUUUCUGUACAUGAGCAGGUUAAAUCCUAUUUUUGAAGUAAAAUCUGUCUUUUUUCUCUGCCCAGCAUAAACCUCUGUUAUCUGCCAAAGGUAGAAGUAAACCUGCUACUGAUUCAAUGUCUAACCUCUUUUGUAACAGACUUCAGAUAAAAUUACAGCCCAGUGUUUGUA